AUGGCAAUUGCAGUGCCAAGAAUCAAACUGGGUUCACAGGGUUUGGAAGUAUCAAAACAAGGACUGGGAUGCAUGGGCAUGUCAUGUGGCUAUGGUCCUCCCAAGCCGGAAGAGGACAUGAUCAACCUCAUCCACCACGCCAUCAACACCGGCGUCAACUUCCUCGACACCUCAGACAUUUACGUGCAGUCUUUGAAGGGAGGGAUGAGAGAGAAAGUGCAGUUGGCUACUAAGUUUGGGUAUAGGAUACUGGAACGUAGUGAGAGAGAGAUCUGUGGUGAUCCUGCCUAUGUGCGGGAGGCUUGUGAGGCUAGCUUGAAGCGGCUUCGCGUCGACUGUAUUGAUCUCUACUACAUUCAUUGCAUUGACACUCGUGUACCAAUUGAACUCACGAUUGGAGCACUCAAGGAAUUGGUUGAAGAGGGUAAAAUAAAAUAUAUUGGUCUGUCUGAGGCCUCACCUGAUACAAUCAGAAGGGCACAUGCUAUUCAUCCAAUAACAGCUAUACAACUUGAAUGGUCCUUAUGGUGUAGAGACGUAGAGGAAGAAGUCAUUCCUACUUGUAGAGAACUUGGCAUUGGGAUUGUUCCAUUCAGUCCUCUAGGAAGGGGCUUCUUAACAUUAGGUCCACAAAUGAUUGAGAAAUUGUCGGCAAAUGACUUCAGGAAG